AAGGAAUUUAAAUUAAAGGAACCAAAAUUCAAUAUUUGUCUAGAGUAUGGCUUAUUUACAAAGUUGUCAUUUCGUCUCAUUUGGUUUCCUGAAAUUGUUAGUAAACACGGGCUCCUAUGUAGACGUGUUUGGAAAUGUGGCUAGUUUGUGGAAAUCUUACUGUACUUUGUUUGUUGCGAAAUCAGAAUAUUUAUAGUAAUGUGUGUAAAUUUUACAGUAGAAAGGUUCUUCGUGAAAAUUUUACGAGGCCACGCAAUCCCGGAUUGCAGAAACAAUUAGAACUAUACAAAACGACCCAACCUGUUGGCAAAGAAGAGCCUAUUGAUGAAAAUUUUGAAGACGAUUUGGAAUCAGAUUUCAUGGAGUCUGGGAAAAUGUAUGAACAACACGAAAGGGAACAGCAUCAUCAGAGAGAGUUACGGCACCUGAAAAAUGUUGGUAGGAAAUAUUUCAAAGAAAAGAAAAAUCCUAGCCUGUUGACAUGGGGAGAAAAAGAACAGAUAAGAUACUUGCAUGAGAUGGACCCUGAGGAAUGGUCAGUUGAGAGAUUGGCUGUUAGUUUUCCUGCCUCAGAAGCCAUAAUUAAGAAAGUUCUGAAGUCCUCAUGGAAACCAGAAAGUGCAGCUAGCAUUGUAAAACACGAUGCUAACGUGAAAAAAAACUGGGAACUUCUAAGAGAAGAGAAAUUGGACAUCAGUCCCAAUUUGAAAGCUCACGUUUCCAAAUUUACUUCACGACAGGAUCUAAUAACAUCAGAAGAAUCUGUGAGUGCUGUCAUUGCAAGUCCACAAAAACCAAGAGGCAGGGUUCCAGAAUUUGAAAAUAUCAUAAAGCAAUACAAUGAUGUGAUAGGAGAGAAAGAUCAAACUAAAAAUGUGUUUCAUGAUUCAUUCAGUCCUGUAGUCAAACAUGUGCGUAACUCUCGAAAACUCUCUGAAGGAAACUCUGUGAGUACUGAGAAGAUGCAUAUCUCGUGGAGUGAGUUCAAAGGUGAAAUGAAUUAUAAUGAAGGAGAUCAAGAUCCAGGAAAUGAAGUAAUCCAUCUUGAAGACAGCUCAGCAGUGGAGUUUCGAAUGAAAAACACUAAAGUGAAAAAACAUGUGUCUGUAAUGAGCCAACUGGAAGGAGUUAAUGACAGUACUAUCUUGGAGAAAAUAAAGAUACCAAAGAACAAGUGGCAGGCUGGUGCUACUUACAGAGUGAAAGACUGCUACUAUGAUGAUGAUGGAAGGUUUUUGUAUAGAGUGCCUGGUAUGAUUCAUUAACAAGGGAAGCAAGUGAAUUCUUUAGUUGACAUACAUAGUGUAAUUUAUCAUAAAUAGUUAUAUAAAAAAAAUCUUUCAAGCCA